AUGGAUAUCUUUUUUGCAUUCAACAAAGACGAUAUUCCAACUUUUGAAGUGUCGAAGAUGAAUAUUACCUGCAAAGUUUUCCUAACUUCACUUAUCGUCUUCACUGUCCUCAAUUUGUUUAGAUUAUACUUUGUGGAAUGCUAUUACGACCUGAAAGAAGCCGAAGAAGACUCUUACGAUUUGAAUACUAUAUUCCUGCGACCAAAGUAUUCUGAAGUUUUCAAUACCUGGAAUUCUUGUUUUGCUGAGAACUUAUUGGGGGUAGAGGAUCCUGAAAAGUUCUGGCAGCUUUUCGAGGAAGUUUCUCAAAAAUGUGAUUCGUGGGCUCACGUUGAGAAGCUGGGAAUCGUCCAUUUGAAGAAGUAUGAAAGAGUGAAAAGUGUUAUUUUUCCGAAAGUUGUAUCUGAUAGAUUUUUUUACCAUGAAAGAGGAGCAGCAUGUUGUGCCAUGAUAUCAGAUUUCUGGAAUCCAUGUCGAUAG